GUUAGAGAUGCUGAUCAAGGACAACGGCCUGCUCAGAAAACAAAUUAUUUGGACUGCACCAACUGAAGCUGAUUUGGCGAACUUUCCAAUUUUGUCUAUUGAUGAUCUUAAGAAGAUAACACUUGGGACCUUCCAGAUCCGAAUGGCUGACAGCUAUACAAAUCAGCAUCUCCAAGAAGAAGGUGAAUAUCGUCUUUUCAUUCACAAAGAAAACUCGUCCCUAUUUCGUGUAAAGCUGCAAAGCCGAUUCAAUCGACGAGCGACCCAUCAGGUUUGGAUUCAGGUUGAUAUCGGAGAACAUGGACACAAAGCGAUCGACUCCUACUACUGCACAUGUAAAACGGGAUCCAGGACAUUGGGAUGUUGUUCGCAUGUUUGUAGUGUGUUUAAGUAUUGCGGAUAUGAUCGCCACCAACCACCAAGUACCCAGAGGAACCAUCGAGCCUAUUCCUUCCUCGACGCUGCCGUGGACAUUGCGGGGGAGGAGGACGACGAUGAAUAAUAAUGUGCAUUUUUAUUUAAAUUCUGUGUGGAGUGUUAAAGUUACCAGUUUUAUAAGUUUUUAUAAUAAUGUUGUGCAUUUCAUGUGUAAGUGUUGAGUGCCAGUUUAAAAUUCAUAGUUAUAUGCAUUCCUUCCUCUCUGUAAUCUUUUUCAAUAUUGUCACCUUCGUUAAAUUCUCCAUUCGUCA